CUGCCGGCUAGGCAAGGUCUCCGCGCAAAGAAUGAAGUGAAGGGAAGCGAGAAGUGGGAAGUGGGGCUCGGCUGGCCGGCCUAGACAGCGUCUCCCGCCAGAGGAGCAAAGCCAAAGUCUGACACCUUGCUUGCUGGAGAGCUGGAGGCAGAACCUGUCAGCAUUGUGAGAGCAGCGGAGCCCCAUUUGAACCCACCUCUGCAUUGUCUUGUCCCAACUGUGAUGGAUAAGGGCCCUCAGUUGCAGCUGCGUGUCUUUGACCUCAAUUGCUGGGCCAUUCGCUACCUGAGCAAAGUACGGCAGCAGCGCAUUGAAUUGAUUGGCAAUGUCCUCAACCAGGAGGGAUAUGACUUGGCGCUCUUGCAGGAGGUGUGGAGCGAGAGAGAUUAUUGGGAGCUGAAAAAGAAGCUGUGUGACCGGUACCCUUCUUCCCACUAUUUUAAAAGUGGAGUGAUUGGCAGUGGGCUCUGCAUCUUCUCCAGAUACCAAAUCCUGGACACCUUCCUGUACCAAUACUCUGUGAAUGGCUACCCCUACAUGUUCCAACAUGGAGACUGGUUUGGUGGCAAAUCGGUGGGGCUUGUGGUCCUGAAGAUACAGGAGAUUGUUUUCAACAUCUAUGUGACUCAUCUCCAUGCAGAGUACUGUCGGGAGAAGGAUGCUUACCUGCCCCAUCGAGUAGUUCAGGCCUGGGAACUUGCCCAGUUUAUACAACAUACUUCAAAAGGAGCCGAUGUGGUGCUGCUUGGUGGGGAUCUGAACAUGCAUCCAGAAGACGUGGGCAUCAGGCUGUUGCGAGGUUGGGCAGGGCUUCGGGACUCCUUCAUUGCAGCAGAGAAGGUUGAGGGUGGUGAGGAUGGCUCUACACUCUUGCCCACCAACUGCUUCACAAGCAAGAAAGAACUGCGGUGCUAUCCCCAGGGGAUUCGCAUUGACUACAUCUUGUAUAAGACUUUGUCUCACUAUGAAGUAAAAUGCAACCGCCAUGAGACAACCACCGGAACAGCUCCCAACAAGGACAUUCCUUAUUCCGACCAUGAAGCUGUCAUAGCCACAUUAUCUGUGAGCAAGAGAGGGUUAGGCAAAGGACUAAACCAUCCUAGUGUUGAACCGGUGCUGGUGGACGUCUUGAACGAAGCCCGUAUGGAGGUGCGGGUAGGGCUGCACGCGGCCGAGCGGCAGCAGUACUCCUGCGGCCGCAUGGCCGUCCUGGCCAUGCUGCUGCUGGUGAUGCAGGCGACCAUGGGCCUGAGCUCCAUGUUUGGCGAUGCCCUCCUGCAGCCCUUCCCCAAGUUCUCCUUCUCGCUGCUCAGCCUGCUGGGGCUGUUGGUGUUGCUCAUCUCGGCUGUGCUCUACCUCUUCCACACCAUCGAGGUGAAGGUGCUGCAGGGGACAGAGGAGCAGAUGCGGGUGGGGCUGCAGACACUCCAGGACAAGCUGAGCUCUGGGUGAGGCCUGUCGCUUGCCGGAACUCCAACAGGGACCAAGAGACUGUGCUGAAAGCUUUUCCGGGAGCCGUAAGUUCCUCUGUGCCGCCAGGUUCUGAGGGUUAGCCGUUUUUUAAGCACGUGGAAGCAAUUGCCGUAGAAGUUUUUGGUUUGUUUUUAGCUUAAUUCUAGGGCGAUAAAACUUUCUACGAAUAGUUCUGACCGUCUGCUGAAGGGAUUCUAGCACAAGUACGAUUUGUGCCGAAGGGAAUUUUGAAACGAAAGCAGUUCAAGUGCAUGUGGUUCAGCUGUGGCUGUUUAGAAACCAGCAUUUAUCAAACCAAACCACGCUGUUCCAACCGAGUCGGGUGGCUAAAUUAGUACUGUAAAAGCCUGGUGUAAAGCAGAUGAGUUAAAAUGUGUAUAGCUUUUCUAGUUUAUACAAAGUUCCUUUUUGAAUUGAAAACAGAAUAAAUCAGUCUUCAAAUACAACAGAGCAGAAA